AUGGAUGGUGGUGAAAACCCUUGUAGGGCUAUAAAAGCCAGAGGAAAAAAUAAAUGUAGCGUGCUACUAGAUAUUUAUCCUCUGAAAGGUCAUUAUAACCGUAGUCGCGGUAUAGAACACUGUACGAUUAACAACCAGACUCAGCUUAUCCACGAGUUGGAACUGCUGUGGAACGUAAACGUUCAGCUCCUGUUGGGCGUUUACAACGCGCAACAGCGGGUGGACAGGUUGCUGUCAGCGACCGCACUCGGGCGGGACCAAAAGACAAGUAACGGUAUCGAUACUGACAGCGAAAGUACCGAUACUGACAGCGACAAUACCGAUACUGACAGUGACAGUACCGAUACUGACAGCGCGGACGCCGACGCUUGUAGUGGCCAUGUCGAGAGCGGUACCGGCCAGAAUAACGCGGCGGCGAAGGCGACCGCCGAAGUGGCCGUGCGUACCAUCCACGACCUUAACCGGCGAUUGGUGGCAUUAAUGGCGGCCACAGUGUCGGCCAAAUUGGUGACACCACUCGAAACCGUGAUUGAAGAAGACGAGGGUAUCGGAUCCGAGGUGACCUGUCCGCGGCGGCAGUGCAGACCGGAGCGGCCAGUGCAGCAGCUUAUGAAAACGGAACCGUUGGCCCGGAACCGGAAGUUUGGAAAACUCGAACAGCAAUGCUGCAUGACGAAGGUGACCGCCGAAGCGGCCGUGCGCACCAUACACGACUUGUUGACCCUUAACCGGCGAUUACUGGCAUUAAUGGCGGCGACUGUGUCGGACGAAUCGGUGUCCGUCUCCGCCGUCAACAAACGGCGCUGGCGGGAACUUCGAAGUCACAUUGAAGAAUACGCCGUAGACGGCCCGAAAAAAGAGAAGACAAACGAAGACGAAGACUAUAACAAUGACAAUGACGAUGAAUUUUAUGACGCAUCCUCAAUGGAGUCCGAGACGUUAUCGCCACCACCGUCCACACCACUCCAAACCGUGAGCAAGGAAGACGAGGGUAUCGCAUCCGACGUAACACGUCUGCAGGGAGGACAGUUCAGACCAAUCCGGUCAGUCCGGCAGUUGAUGAAAACGGAACUGUGGGCCCAGCACCAGAAGUAUUUUGGCAAGCUCGAGCAGAAAAUGUUCAUGACGCAGGCAACCUACGCGGGUGACCCGAGGGAUAGGAGACAGACCGAGCAGGUACAGUCAGCCGCAAAAGUGCCGGAAGCCCCCUGCACAGAAUCGCAGACUGCAGCAGCGUCAUCGCCUCUAGUGUUGCCGGACUACUCGGAAGUGGAAUUUUUCUUUAGCUGCUCCGAAGAAGAUGACGACGAUGAUGACUAUGACCGCCGAGAAGACUUUGCAGAGAUCAACUGUACUUCGUCGUCAGAAAAGGAGACCGUGGAUUGGACCGACUUCUGGAGCGACGAAGAGCCAGUGCGGUUAGCUGCCAUUGGCGCUCCAGUGGCGUCGUCGAUGAGAUCGCGGAGGUUCUGUCGACCGCAUCAUCACCGACAACCACAUCCUCCAAUCAUUGGCGACAGCGAUUUGGCUACCGACACUAUGACGUCGACCUCAUCAACGGAGUCUGCGGCCGCGGAGGAUCAGGUGGACGAAUCUAACGUCGAUAGCGUUAUUACAACGAGGAUGAUCGUUACCGCUCGACGUAAGGGGACCGCAAGUGUCGGCAGCGGUUCGAUUAAACGGCGGUGGGGCAUGCUACCCCGGCGGUGUUUCAGUGGUGACGUGGAUGCGGCAGAGAAGCCGACAAAUUGUCCAAGGCCACCGUCCGUGGCUGACGCGCAAGUGCAGUUUGGCGAAGGAAACGUUUUCGUGGUCGACCUCAGUGGUGGUCGUGGCGACGGUGAACUGCAGCUGUUACAGUUGCGCCGCGAACUGGAUGCGCAAAGACGUGAAAACGGUCGACUGAACGACAUGUUACUGAGAUUGCAACGCGGAAUGCGACCGAGCGACCAGGGGAAAGGCGACAGUGGCCCCAGUGUUCCAUUUCCGGACUCGGAUCCAAGCGAUUUGCCCGAACCGUCCCGGCUUGCUUUCGGAGCGGUCCACGGUCGCAUCGACAAUUUGUUUUCACCGCUCCUGUCCUCACAGCCGAUUUCGGACGACGACGUUGACGGCGGUGAUGGAGAUCGUCAGCAGAACCAGCCGGAUGGUGUGGAACAACAGAUGCAGCUUCUGGUGUACGACGGCCGCGCAGACGCGGCAGUCUCGCGAGAGUCGUGGUCGGAGGAUCCGUUAAACGACGACAUCCGCCGAAUGGAUCACACCAAUCUGGUAAACGUGGGGCUCCCAAAGGUCGUAGAACGGGUCCGCCGGGCACUUGUGCUGUUGCAGCGUCGGUCAGAAAAUUUCGCCUCAAAAUGA